AUGGUGCUCUAUGGGAAUGACCGCGAUAGACUGCGCGUCCCAUUUGUUCGACCCGAGGAUGAUGAAGUUUUCCGACAUAUCAGCACCGCAAAUGUGCUACCGGAGAAGCAAAAGCUGAAUGCCACCGCAGCCCCCUUUGUUCUCGCUGAGAAACCUGAUCUCAAUGGCCGACAACCGCGCCCUCGUCCACAGGGAACGAUCGCUGAUGACGCCGAGGCUCCGGAGCCUACGUCGCCAACUGUUGUUCAUACUAGAGGAAGAAGACGCGGAAGCACGAGAUCUCGUCGCAGCACAAACGAAAACAAGCAAACGCGGGACUCAAGCCACGGAGGCGCUUUGUCCGGCAAGGAAGAUGCCACUGGCUCCGAGUCCUCCAGACGAGAAUCUUCCGCUGGCGUCUGGGGCUCGUGGAGACAUGGACCAAGUGGUGGCCAUGAAAAAGACGCUACACCCAUCAGUGGAUACCAGCCAGCACCGACCAGAAGUUCUCGUGGGAUGAAGACUUUGAAGGCAAGCAAGUCUAGCUCAGCUAAGACUGGAGCUGCCUACGAGGUGCCGCUUCCCUCGCGAUCCGAUAGUCGCCGGAAGAGCCAGGUCAGCGUGGGAGGGGAGAUCGUGAAUGGCGGAAACAAGAGAGAUCCCAAGCGAUCUAACUUGCUUGAGAAUUUACACCUCGGACAUGCAAGCAAGUAUUCUAAGAAGUAA